CUGCUAGCCGUUUGUAAUGGCCGCUUUUGCAGUUUGCGUGCGCGGUUGACUGAUAGCGAAGUGUAGUGUUUGACCAAGACUUUCACUCGCGUUACUACAUAAUCGUGCCACAAUGUCGGGCUCAAUGAACGCCUCACAGGCGUCAAAUCUGAUUCAGUCAACAGCGGGCGCCAUUCCCGUCCUUAAUGAAAAGGGCGAGGUGUCCAUGCAAAAGGUGAAAGUGCACAGAUACAUAUCAGGAAGAAGACCUAAGUACGCUCCUAAGGAAAGCAGCGAUGAGGAGAGUGGAGAUGAGUUCACGUUUGAACGACGGCAGCAACCAGUCGUUCCCGAGCCCAUCCCCAUCGAUGAGGAAGCGGAGAAGAAUGACCCACGUCUGCGCCGUCUCCAGCGAAGGGAGCAGCAGCUUAAUGAAGAGGAACGAAUGGAGAGACAUAGGAUGAUCCAUGAGCCAGAGGUCAUAUCUGUUGGUGAGGAUGGAGAAGAGGCCAUGGAUGAGAGCGAAACGCGAGCUGCUCGGUGGAGAGACGGAGAGGAAGACAGUGACGCUGAGGAGCUUGAUGACGAGGAAAUCGAGCGCCGACGUCUGAUGCUGAGACAACGAGCCUUGGCAAGGGUGCAAGAAGAGGAGCUUCUUGAUUUGGAGGAGGAGGGUCGCUCAGACGAAGAGGAGUCGGAAGAAUCCGAGUACGAAGAGUACACAGAAUCGGAGGAAGAAGACACAGGACCUCGUCUGAAGCCCGUGUUUGUGCGAAAACGUGAGAGGGUCACGAUCCAGGAGCGCGAGCGGAUGGCACAGAAGGAGAAGGAACUCGAGCUCGAGGCUAAGCGCAUCGCCGAGGAAAGGCGACGCACCACGUUGAAGAUCGUCGAAGAGGAGACCAAGAAGGAGCUGAUGGAGGAGAAAAAGGUGGACGACUCAGAAGACUGGGUCAACACGGAUGACGAAAAUGACGAGGCGGCGUAUGAGGCCUGGAAACUGCGGGAGCUGAAGCGUGUCAAGCGUGACAAGGAGGAAAAGGAGCAGUACGAGAAGGAGCGCAUGGAGGUUGAGCGCAUGCACAACAUGACCGAAGAGGAGAGACGUGCUGAGCUGCGGGCCAACCCUCGCCAGGUCACCAACAAGGCAUCCAAGGGCAAAUACAAGUUCCUGCAGAAGUACUAUCACAGAGGUGCUUUCUUCCUGAACGAAGAGGAUAACGUCUACAAACGAGACUUUUCAGCACCCACCCUGGAAGACCACUUUGACAAGACUAUCCUGCCUAAGGUUAUGCAGGUGAAGAACUUCGGUCGGUCUGGUCGAACCAAAUACACACACUUGGUGGACCAGGACACGACCCUGUUUGACUCGCCGUGGAUGUCGGAAACGGCGCAAAACCUCAAGUUCCACGCCCAGCAGGCUGGCGGAAUGAAGCAGGUCUUCGAAAAGCCAAGCGCUAAGAAGCGCAAGACAACGGCCUCUUGAAUCGUGAGAACGGGCCCGUUGUCGCCAAUGCUUGUACAUAGUCACCGUACUGUCGUGUUGUCGUGUCCCCACACCUUUAUGCGGAAAAUCGUGUGCGUCUCGAUUAAAAACUGUCGACGCAAGUGUCA